AUGGCUCUUGGGCCGGCCAAACUGGGCAGGCACACAAGGCCCGAAAUUCUUAGGGGCCCUCAAAAACGUAAAAAGAAGAAGCUAGAGGAAGAAAAAGUAAAGGCCGACAAAGGGCGUAUACUCAAAUUUUUCUCAAAACUACCUCAAAGUUCUAGUUCUAAUGUUGAUGAAGAUAAUGUAGAUGUUAAUGUGGGUGAAGAUAAUGUGGGUGUUAAUGUGGAUGAAGCUAAUUUGGGUGAAGAUGUUACGGGUGAAGAUGAUGUUAAUGUUAAUGUAGAUGAAGCUAAUGUGGGUGAACAUGAUGCUAAUGUUAAUCCUAGUGUUGAUAUUUUUGACCCUAGAAAUUGGGAUAAGCUUAAUCUUAACUUGAUUAAUGAAUUGGUUAUGAAAAAUCCAAAAAGAGAUUUGACUAUUGAUAAGGGUCCCGUGGAUAAUGUUGGAAGACGAUUUUCUAAAUUCAUGUAUAAUAGAAUUCUAUCAAAUAGAGAGACGUGUGAUAGAGAAUGGCUAGUGUAUUCGAAAGAGCUUGAUAAAGAAUUUUGUUUUUGUUGUAAACUUUUUAGAAAAGGGUAUAAGAAAGACGGGUUGGAUAAUGAAGGCUAUUCGGAUUGGAAGCAUGCUUCUCAAGGUCUUAAAGACCAUGAAGUUAGCUUUGAACAUCUCAAGCAUAUGCAUCAAUGGUUUGAAUGCGUCAAAGGUUGGAUUGCAAUGAAACAAUUGACAAAGAAGCAUAUGAGCAUUUCAAAAAAGAAAAAGAUUAUUGGAAAGAAGUGGCAAAUUUUGAAUGACAAUGUUAAAGGAUUGACUCUUAAAUCAUUAUCUGUCACUCGUUGGGAAAGCCGUGUAAAUAGCAUUAAGACUAUUAGAACUCAACUUGUAGAAGUAAGAAAAUCUUUGAAAGAAGUUAGUGACUCGGAUAAAGAUCCUAAAAUUCAAAUCGAAACUAGAUCACUUGAAAAGCAUGAGGUUGGUGACUAUGAAUUUUUGGUACAAAUCGUCAUUUGGUAUGAAAUAUUAUCAAAUGUGAAUGUGGUGAGCAAAAAGUUGCAAUCAAAGGAUGUGGUUCUUGAUGUUGCUAUUGAUGAAGUGGACAAAUUGAUUAAAUACUUCAAAAAUUAUAGAGAAGUGGGGUUUUCUAAGGCGAUUGACGAAGCUACAGAAAUUGCCAAUGAAUUAGGUAUUAAUGCGGAAUUCCCUGAAAAACAAACAGUUUGA